AUGUUCACCGUCCUCCUCCCUCUCCUCCUCAUCUCCACCAUCACCACCACCACCACCGCCGCUGCCGCCAUCACUACCCUCUCAUCAGAUAUCGCCGCCCUCAAAGCUAUUAAAUCCUCCAUCAAACCCACCACCAUCCCUUCUUACACUUGUUUAUAUUCAUGGGACUUCACCUCUGAUCCUUGCUCACCACCUCAUGUCACCCAUUUCCUCUGUGGAUUGUCCUGCUCCGGUAACCGAGUCACCCAACUCACCUUUGAUCCCGCCGGUUAUGUCGGAACUCUUUCCCCACUCGUUUCUAGACUCACCCAACUCAUCACCAUCGAUCUCUCUGAUAAUAAAUUGUCCGGCGCCAUUCCCGAUUCUCUCUUUUUUCUCCCUAAUCUUCAAACCCUCAUCCUCGGGACAAACUCGUUUUCGGGUGUAAUCCCGCCGUCGAUAUCUAACCUCAAAUCGCUUCAAACUCUGGAUAUCUCUCGUAAUUCGCUAUCUGGGUCACUGCCAAACACUUUGGCUUCACUCACUGAGCUGACUCGUCUUGACUUGAGCUUCAACAAACUCACUGGACCGAUCCCGAAGCUACCGAAAAACAUCAUACAACUCGCGCUCAAAGGGAAUUCGAUAAAUGCGUACCUACAAAAACAAGCUUUUAAUGAGUUGACUCAGUUGGAGGUUGUCGAACUCAGUGAAAACUCACUCACCGGAACAAUCCCCGGUUGGUUCUUCCUUAUACCCUCUCUCCAGCAAGUCAAUUUAGCCCAUAACAGUUUCACGGGCGUCGAGAUCUUAAAGCCGAUCAACAGCAACCUCAUCGCCGUCGACCUCGGAUUCAACAGAAUCGUCGGCUACCCGCCGGCGAACUUCUCGGCGUACCCUAUGUUGGCUUCUCUAACACUGAGUUAUAACAAACUUCGUGGACGAAUCCCAUGGGAGUACAGCAAGAAGACAACGUUGAACAGACUGUUUCUUGACGGAAAUUACUUAAUUGGGUUGCCGGCGAAGGAGUUUUUCUCCGUGAAAACGUCAAUUUCCGGCAGCUUUGGGUACAAUUGUUUGAAGAGCUGUCCGGUAUCUUCGGAACUUUGCUUGAAAUCGCAGAAACCAUGGUCGAUCUGCCAGCAAGCAUAUCGUGGGAAACUGAAACCGAAGUCAUAGUGUCAGUUCAUGUUUUCUCGUUUCAUAUCCAUAUUUUUUAUUUUAUUUUUUUUUAUCAAUUUUUAGUUCAAUUAAAUAACGGUUUGAUUUUUUUAUUUUAGAUAAUAACAUUGUACGUAUCAUAUUAAUGA